AUGGCUUGGAUAGCAAGAGGUCAAUCCGGUUUCGUCCAAGACACCCCUGAUGGGCAUACAUCCGCAGUCCCCGCCAUUGCCACUCACCGCGGGUCCCUCUGGAGUCUUUGGAGCGACCCCUCUGGCGACUUAUACUAUGCCAUCGGCGACAAUGACACUUUCCAACCCCGAGUGCGUUUUCCCAACCAAGGAAUUCCAGUUAUGGCCGAGUUACUCGGUCGUCUACAUGCCGUGAUCGUCAGAGCAGAUGGUGAAAUCGCUCAUUAUGAAUAUAACGAUGUAGAUAAAACAUGGGGUAUGCCUACUAUCCUCGAUAAACAGUCUGGCUUGUGGACAAAUACCACACCGGCGCUGAUAAGCCAUCAUAAUAAUUUGAUGAUGGUGUAUAUCCAGAAUACGUAUUUAUAUUACUCGACAUGGACAUUAGAUUCCGAAGACCAGCCGGUAUGGAAAUAUCCUCAGGAAGUGAGUGGAAUUAGUAAGGUAUCUGGAAUACCUGCCAUGUUCGUGUUAAAGGGGGAUUUGCAUGUGCUUUGUGCUUCGUCGGAUGAAAAUCAUUUGAUUCUUGGCUUCAGGUAUUCGUUGCCGGAGGAUGUGUGGAAUUCUUGUGAUGAUGUUAGUGAAGGAAAAGCUGCACAGGGUGUUUCCGCUACGUCGUUUGGUGACAGUGCGUUUUUGGCUUUUCUGGAAGAUGGCCCCGGGGAUACUUCUCAUGUUAUUUUUAUGAGUGAGUAUAAAGAUGGGAUGUGGCAUCCUCAAGAGGCCAUUGCUGGUCAGACUUCUUUUGACCCUCCACAAUUGGCUGUGCUCAAUGGGAGGGUUAAUUGUAUAUUCAAUUCCAAUGAUGAAAGUAGGGAAUUAUUGUGGUAUUCUAGAUCGUUGUUGGAUUACUCACUCAGUUCUUGGAUGGCGGAAAUUCCAGACGAUACUCUGUUAUCAGAUAUGACCAUUCCCGGAACCCACGAUAGCUGUGCCGAAUCCAACAUUCCCUUCGUGCGCACGCAAUACCUCUCCAUCGCCGCCCAACUAUCCGCCGGUCUCCGCUUCCUCGAUCUCCGCGUCCGCGUGCACACAGAAGAUGGACAACUCUACAUGUACCACGGCGGCAUCCCCAUCAACAUGCCCUUCUAUCUCAAAUUUGAUUUCGUCAUGCAAGAAGUAUUUGAUUUUCUAUCCCAACACAGUCAAGAAACCGUGCUGAUCUCCAUCAACAACGACGAUACCUCAGGCAAAGAACCCCCUUUAGUAUUUUACUCUGCGGUUGCUAAACACAUUACUUCCAUCCCUCCAUAUCCUUCCGGACAACCCCGCUGGCUCACAUCCAACGCCCCAUCUACCCUUGGUUCUGCGCGCGGCAAAGCAGUACUACUCCGUCGCUACAAAUGCGAUGAAGAUACAUCACCUGAGGAUAAAAUGGGUUUGAAUCUUAGUGGAUGGUUAGUCAACAAACCCGAUUUCACAUUAGAAACAGAAAGCGGAUGCACAAUCCAUCUACAAGAUAAAUGGCAAUACUCCGACAUCAUCCCCCUCAAAGGUUUGAUUUCGAGUAAAUACGAUUUCGUACUUCACAUGUUGGGAAAAGCUAGGGAUGGAGCCAAGGAAGAUUGGUACUUGAAUUUUAUGAGCGCGGUGGGAGAUCCCGUGCAGAGGGGUGAGGUGGCUGAGAGUCAUUGGAUAGCAGUCGGCGCCCACAGUAAGUUCCACCGCACCUACAUCCAAGGCAUGAACCCAACGCUCCGCGCAAACUUUAAUUGGGGGAUCCGCAAACGCUAUGGGGUACUCGCUAUGGAUUAUCCGGAGUUGCCUAAGGAUUCCGACUUGGUCGCGUUGAUUAUUGGGUGUAACAUGUAG